AUUAUUGAUCAGAAGUGGCGGGAAGAUAAACUACCCAAAGAGGACAUUGCUGUUCCCCAACACGAACUUCCAGAAUUGGAGCCAGAUAACGGACCAACAACAGAAACACUGAAAGAACAGGAACAAAAGUGGUCAGAUCUUGCACUGAACCAACUGAACGAAGCUCAACAGCCAGCCUCUUCAUAGCACAUAAAAUCACUGAAUAUUUCAUAUGUUAAUAUUAUCACAAAAUUAUCACUAUGUUUGGACAAGUAGUCAUUGGUCCACCUGGAAGUGGCAAGACUACAUACUGCACAGGGAUGUAUGAUUUCUUGAGUAAACUUGGACGUAAAGUUGCGAUUAUUAACCUCGACCCAGCCAAUGAUAGCCUUCCAUAUAAAUGUUCCAUAGAUAUUUCUGACCUUGUGACACUCACUGAUGUCAUGGAUAGUUUACACCUAGGCCCAAAUGGAGGACUUAUCUAUUGUAUUGAGUACUUAGAGAAGAACAUGGACUGGCUUAAACUCCAGCUGGAUCAAUUUAAAGACUGUUACCUGCUCUUUGAUUGUCCUGGACAGGUAGAGCUGUAUACACAUCAUAACUCUGUGAAGAAUAUCUUUCAACAGCUGACUAAGUGGGAUUUUAGGUUGUGCUCAGUGCAUCUUGUAGAUUCCCACUACUGCAGUGAGCCAGGAAAGUUUAUCUCAGUACUGCUGACAUCUUUGAAUACCAUGCUCCAAAUUGAGCUUCCUCAUGUUAAUGUACUCUCCAAAGCAGAUCUCAUUGAAAACUAUGGCAAGCUGGCAUUCAACCUUGAUUUCUAUACCGAAGUCCUAGAUUUAGAUUUUCUCCUUGAACAUUUACAGAAAGACCCAUUCUUUGCCAAAUAUGCCAAAUUGAAUGAAGCCAUAGUUGGAUUGGUACAGGAUUAUAGUCUUGUUACGUUUGUAGCUAUGAAUAUACAGGAUAAAGAAACACUUCUUCGGGUGAUGCAGUGCGUAGAUAAAGCUAAUGGUUAUGUAUUUGGCGAUCUUGAAGAACGCAACAUUCACUCAUUACUUAGUUGUGCAGUUGGUGCUGAAUUUGAAUAUGAGAAAAUACAAGACAUCCAGGAGAAAUACAUGAAAGAUGGUACUGAAAAUUAAAUUCUGUUGAAAACCUCACCAUAUGACAAAAGUUGAACAAUGUUAGAAAAUGGACAUAGUGAUGUAGCUGGCGUAAUACAAUGAGAGACAGGGAAAUUAAAUAAGUGGCCCAAUGCAAAACUGAAGCCAAAGAGGAUAUCAUACUUAUAUGGGACAGAGUUUUUACAAUUUUAUAUAAAGAAAGUCAUACUUUUAUGCCUCAUAAUCAGAUAUUAGCUACACCAAAACAGAAGGAGACAUACUAGAGUUAUUCCAUCACUUUCAGGAUCAUGUAACAGUAUAAGACUAAAGAAAAUACCUGUUUUCUGUUGCCUCUAAAAGACCAAGUCACUGUUUCAUAUGACCCAUUUCUCUAAUGCAUGGAUAAUUUGAUUCUUGAAUCUUGAUCAUCUCAAUUUUUACUGUACAGUUAUUGAUGUUUUUCUUUGAUGUAUUACUAUACAUUGUAAUGAUAAAUCUAUAUAGAAAUAUAGUAAAAUAAAUGAGAAAUAAAAUACAAAUAAAUGAUGCUUUUAUAAUCUG